UUGAACCCACCUCCGCCAUUGUUGAUUUGAUAAGCGCAUUUCCAGCUGUUGUAAUCGGACACGCUUUUCAUGUAAACUUAUUUCUUUCUGUGUAAUAGUAGUGAUUUGUUUUACUUACGUCUCCGCAACACACUCUAAUGUCGAGGCAAGGAACGAGGCUUGACCAAAAGAAAGUCGGUUUCUCCUUGUCUACUCGGUGAAAAUUGGCAAAUGCAGUUUUGUAGGCAUAGCUCCUCAAAUUGUAACCAUACAUGAACCUAACUAGCCUCCCGAUAGUUAAAACCUGUUCGCAUUGAACUUGAUAUAAUUGUUUUUCGCGAGCACAAUUCAUCGGCUGUAGAGUGAAAAGCAAGUACCAAAAUGUCCAACGUCGAAAAGGCAAAGAAGAACAAGAAAAAGGGGGGCGGAGCCAAAGAUGCUGAGCCGGAGGAAAAACCGGAGAAAGAAGUAACCGCUGAUAAAAAGAAGAAAAAAGGCGCAGAGAAAGAUGUCAAAGAGGAAAAGGACAGCGGGAAAGGCAAAGGGCCUGGCAAGAAAGCCCUUGCAGCCAUGCAAGAAGCCCUGCGAAAAAUGCGAGAAGAAGAAGAGAAAGCGCAAAGAGAAGAAGAAGAACGCAUUCGGGCGAUAGAAGAAGCUGAGAAAGCACGGCAAGAACAACUGAGAGUCGAACAAGAACGGAAAGAAAAGAAGAAGCAAAAAGAAAAAGAAAGGAAAGAGCGGUUAAAAGCCGAAGGAAAAUACCUUACACCGAAACAAAAAGCAGACAGGGCUAGAGCGCUGGCGCUUGUCGAGGCCCUGAAAGCUCAAGGACUGGUCAUCGGAGAGAAGAAACCUAAGUCAGCACACAAAAAAUCUGAUCCUCACUACAACUCUCAUGACAAGAAUACGGAUGCUCAGGCUGCCCAAAGCGAAGUAGAGGUCAAAAUCGUAGACGUCAAGAAAGAAGAAAGUGAAGAGAAAGAAGAUGAGAUUAAAGACUCCUGGGACAUGAUCUCCUCGGAAGAGGAGGAGGAAGAAGAGGCGGCUGACAAAGCAGAGAAAGCAAAAGCGGAAACGUCGGAACUAGAAAAGAAAAUGGACGGUGUUAAGGUCAAGUCUGAUUCAGAAAGUGAGGAUGAGUCCGGUAGCGAUGACAGUGGGAGUGAAGACGAUGAUUCGGAUGACAGCGAAGGAGAUAAAAAUGAAAACAGGCUGCAGAAAAUCAAACAGCGAAUUCAGAAACGGCGUGAUAAAGCAGAGAAGAAGAGGUCACUCGAUGUCCUGAGAGCCCCUAUCGUUUGUGUUCUGGGACACGUAGAUACCGGUAAAACAAAGAUUUUAGAUAAACUAAGGCGGACGAAUGUUCAAGAUGGUGAGGCAGGUGGUAUCACGCAGCAAAUCGGAGCAACGAAUGUUCCGAUCGAUGCCAUCAAGGAGCAGGGAAAAAUUGUCAAAGGAUUUUCUCAAAUGGAGCUACGAGUUCCCGGUCUUUUGAUCAUCGAUACGCCAGGUCACGAAUCUUUUAGUAAUUUGCGUAACCGAGGCUCCUCUCUAUGUGAUAUUGCUAUAUUAGUCGUUGAUAUCAUGCACGGUCUAGAACCGCAAACUAUAGAAUCAAUUAAUUUGUUGAAGAACAAGAAAACUCCGUUCGUUGUAGCCCUCAACAAAAUCGACAGAUUGUACGAUUGGAACUCCACGCCUAAAAAAGACAUCAGGGAAACGAUAAAAGCGCAAGCGCCCAACACAAUCGUAGAAUUUGAACGUAGGACGAAGGAAGUUAUACUGCAAUUUGCCGAGCAAGGACUGAACGCUGCUUUGUUUUACGAGAAUCCAGAUACUCGCAGUUAUGUUUCCCUUGUCCCCACGUCAGCCAUUACCGGAGAAGGUAUGGGGAACAUCUUAGCCCUCAUCGUUGAAAUUUGCCAGAACAUGUUGGCUAAAAGAUUGAUGUUCAGCGAAGAACUGCAAGCCACUGUCCUAGAAGUCAAAGCAAUCUCCGGUUUAGGAACAACAAUAGAUGCUAUUCUCGUCAACGGUUAUCUGCGGGAAGGAGAUACCAUGGUCUUGGCGGGCACUGAAGGACCGAUCGUCACUCAAAUUAGAUCUUUACUCAUGCCCCAGCCCCUGAAAGAGCUGAGAGUAAAGAAUGCUUAUAUUGACCACAAAGAGGUAAAGGCUGCCCAAGGAGUGAAAAUUGCAGCAAAGGAAUUAGAAAAAGCCAUCGCUGGUUUAAAUCUGUACGUAGCUCAACAGCCUGACGAAGUCGAGGUAUUGACGAAGGAAGUAAGUCACGAAUUGAAAUCUGCCCUUAGUCAUAUCAAGGUACAUGAUCGAGGCGUUUACGUCCAAGCCUCCACGUUAGGUUCGUUGGAAGCGUUAUUAGAAUUUUUAAGAUCCUCGAAAAUUCCUUAUUGCUCAUUUCGCAUAGGACCCGUAGUGAAGAAGGAUGUAAUGAAAGCUUCGACCAUGUUGGAACAUGAAUCGCGCUACGCAACAAUCCUAGCAUUCGACGUGAAGGUCGAAAGAGAUGCGCAGGAACUCGCUGAUGCUGUAGGAGUUAAAAUUUUCCAGGCGGACAUCAUUUACCAUUUGUUCGAUAAGUUCACAGCUUACACGGAAGAGUUGAAACAAAAGAAACGAGACGAAUUUAAAUCGAUAGCUGUCUUUCCCUGUAAGUUACGGGUUCUACCUCAGUUCAUCUUCAAUUCAAGAGAUCCGAUCGUCAUGGGAGUCAUGAUCGAGGCAGGCAUCGUCAAAGAGGGCACACCGAUAUGUGUCCCCAGUAAGGAGUUCGUCGAAUUAGGAAUUGUGACGGGUAUAGAAAGCAACCACAAGCCUGUAGAAAGUGCGCGGAAAGGUCAAGAAGUCUGCAUCAAGAUCGAGCCCAUUCCCGGGGAAGCGCCCAAAAUGUUCGGUCGUCAUUUUGAUGAAAAAGAUAUGCUAGUUAGUAAAAUCAGUCGUCAAUCCAUAGACGCUUGUAAAGAUUAUUUCAGAGAUGACCUAGUCAAAACAGACUGGCAACUAAUGGUUGAACUCAAAAAAAUGUUCGAGAUUCUGUAACUCGCCAGAAAAUACUUGAAGUUGCUUCAAGAAUGUCCGUCAAAUAUUUUCCUUUCUGUAGCCGUUAAUACCCCACUAGUAUUCUGUUCAUGUUAAAUCACUCAAAACUGAUUGCAGUUAAUUUAUUACCUGCAAAGAACUUUCAUCAGCCCUGUGCCAACUAUUUUCUCCCUGUAACAAAAGCGUACGAACGAUCUGAAUAUUCUUAAGAUAUUGCAGUUUUUAACACCUGAGUAAAUUAAGUCUGGUCCCUCUUUUGAUUAAUGGAAACAAAGAAACAAAAGAAAAUUGUAGAACUGAAGAAUUUGCGCAAGUCAUGAUUCUACCAUCAGUUUGUUAAUUUUUUAGCUCUAAUUCAAAGUUUUCAUGAAACUAUUUCUUAUUUAUUCAAUGUAACAUUUUAAGCAAAUCCACACUGUGUUUAUCUUCUUCUCAAUUUUUACUCUCGUGCAAAUUAUAUCUUCAAAUGGAACUAGACUUACUUACUCUCACAUUUAGUCAUUCAGUUGAUAAAGAUAAAAUAAGAAUCACACUUCCUUUGCACUGUCUCAGCUCCCGUUUUUGUAAAUUAAUAACAUGUUGUAGUAAAACAAUACUUUGAAAAGAACAAGUAAUAUUAAAAGUCGAAUUUACUUAAUUGUUUGGAUUUUAGAGUUCAAUUGAAUAUAGUGUAACAUUUUGUCUCUCCUGAACGAAGGAGCGUGUCUCGAUCGCGCUGUUUCAGUGUCUCUUUCCAACAUUUUACCUGUAAUACAAACUCCGUCGCAUUAAUGUAUCUGAAAUUUUCCGUGAUUUCUCCUUGCUUUUGUGAGAAACGGCUCUAAAAUUUUCGGACAAAUUCGUGCAACGGCACUCCCAGGAAAGGAUACAAAACCCCGAAACAGCGCAGUAUGAAGAUAAGUUUUUUCAUUCGGGAGACGAUCAUUUGUUCUAGGUAAAUGAUUUUUAAGAGAAAGUAACGUUGGUUUUUGGUAUUAAACGUACAUAUUUCCUAAUAUCUCUUAAUUUUUUGCUUGUGCUAAAGAUGCAAAAUAAUGUCCUGUCUUUCUUUACUGUCCUCCCGAGGACUCAUCUUUAAUUUCUGUUUCUUUGAAAAAAGUAUGAUCAAGUCGGUAUACAGCAAAAAAU